UGAGCGUGAAGAACACUCCAUGAUACUCGCGUGGUGAGCGUGGUGGUCAAAUACAGAAUCAAAUCGAAAAUAAAAAUAUAUGCAAUCAAUCUUCCAACACCUCACAUCUUCAUCUGCCAUCUUCGACACAUACACAAGACGGAAUCCCUCUCAGGCAAUGGCUUCCUUCUCCUGCUCCUCUAGUAGCGUGAUGGGCGUGAUCUUGCUGCUCUUCUCCGUCCUCCUUGCGCCUGCGCGGUCGGCCAGCGACCAGAUGAUACUUGCCGCAUGCAAGACCGUCGGCGGCGGGAGCACCUACUUCGACGUCACGUUCUGCUUGGAGGCCCUCGGCUCCGCGGGCGGCUCCGGCGGCUACCAAGACCUCGCGGCCGUCGCCGUGGACCUCCUCGCGACCAACGCCACCAGCACGGAGGCCAAGAUCGACCGCCUGCUCGGGUGCGGCGGCGUGGAGGUCAAGGCGGAUGACGCCGCCCUGGCGCGGUGCCUCCGGUCGUGCCAGUCGCUGUACGGCGGCAUAGUGGACGACGGGCCUGCGUGCACCGCCGCGGUCAAGGGCGGGAGGUUCGGCGAGGCGACAGCGAUCCUGGAGAAAGCCGCGGCCGCGGCGAAGGAGUGCGAGGGUGGGUUCGAGAAGAGGAGAGCGGCUUCGCCGCUGACGGCGGAGGACGACGACGCGUUCAAGCUCGCAAAACUCGCCGUCGCGUUGCUCCGUUUUGCUUGAGAGCCCGGAAACGGACAUUGCUGCUACCGAUGUUUCGAUUUUUUUUUCUUUUCUUGAAUAUUUCGUAUAUUGCAUACCUUUUCUUUAGGGUAGCAUAAUAAUCUUCUUGAUUAGUUGUUCUAUUUAUAACCGUGUCAUGUGAUCUGUGAUCUGCGUUGUUGGUUAGAUCAUGUACCGAUGAUCCUACGUGUCGUCUGUUGUCAAACAGUCAGGGCGAAAAUGUGAAUUGAGGACUGCAG